UCACGUGACCACAGAGCCAAAAUGGCCGCGUUCGUGUUUUGACGAAUAAUACUUUUGUGUUUGUUUCAUUCUUUUAAAGAAAUCGAAUUGAAAUCGUCUUUACUGGGUGGGGAAGGGAAAAAACAAACGUCUAAUUAAUGUUUUAACUUAAGCAGCUUUAAACAGACAAUCACGCUUUAUUGUUAUUUUGUCGUAUUGUUUUAGACUAUGCACUUUCGGUGUUUAUAAGAGGCAGAGAGAGAGAGAGGAGGCUAGCUGGCUGGCUAGCGAAAUUAUUCAGCUAAAAAAAAGAAAAGAAUUAAAAGAAAAACGAUGGAAGAGCUGAGUGCUGACGAGAUUCGGAGAAGGCGAUUGGCCCGGUUAGCCGGAGGUCAGACGUCCCAGCCCACUACUCCUCUGAGCACCCCGCUGACGUCCCCACAGAGAGAGACCCCUCCAGGUCCACUGCCAGGGCCCUCGGGGGCCUCUCCGCAACCUUUGCCACCAGCACCAUCCCACACUUUGGGCCUUAAUGCCCAAAAUGUCACCCCUGCCACUUCUCCAAUGGGGCCUUCAGGGGUGGCUUACCGCAGCCAGAGCAGUGAGGGGGUCAGCUCUCUCUCCAGCUCCCCAUCCAACAGCCUUGAGACCCAGUCUCAGUCCCUGUCCCGCUCGCAGAGCAUGGACAUAGACACAGCAUCCUGCGAAAAGAGCAUGUCCCAGGUGGAUGUGGACUCAGGAAUUGAGAACAUGGAAGUAGAGGACAGUGACCGCAGGGAGAAGCGCAACCUGGCUGAAAAGGACUCCUCGUCUAACCCAGAUGUGUCUGAGGAGCAGGCUCUGCAGCUCAUCUGCAAGAUCCUUCGUGUCUCCUGGAAGGAGCAGGACCGUGAUGUCAUCUUUCUGCCUUCACUUGCUGCUGAGUUCCAACAAAACCCAAAAGAUGUCUAUUCUGACUUUAAAGACCUGAUUGGCCAGAUCCUGAUGGAAGUCCUCAUGAUGUCCACCCAGUCGCGUGACUGCAACCCCUUUGCCAGUUUGACCGCCACAUCACAGCCAAUCACUGCUGCCAAAUCUCCAGACCACCACCUGACGCUUGUCCCACCUUCCAGCCAGGGGAGCAGUCCCAUGAUGCCCUGCGGAGGCUCGUUUGGUGCCAGCUCUUUGUCCAGUUUAUAUGGAUGUAGUCCACAGUCUCAAACUCAAAACGUCAGGAUGAGCACUACGUUAAUACCUCCAGUAGCCCCACCUCCAGUAGCCCCACCUCCAGUAGCCCCACCUCCAGUAGCCCCACCUCCAGUAGCCUCUCCUCCAGCAGCCCCUCCUCCAGUAGCCCCUCCUGCAGCUGCCCCACCUGCAGCUGCCCCACGCCUCCCUUUCAGCUCCCCCUCUCCAACCCCCUCGGCUCCUCUGCCCAUCUCUCAGAGAUACAGGCCUUACUCGCUGAGCCCUUCUCAGUCUUCCUCUUUUCCCAUGAGCCUGAGUUCCAGGUCUGGCACUGCAGGGCCCUCAUCUGCCCUGACCACUUCUACUCAAAGCCCAGCUGUGCCGUCCAGCCCCCAGCCUGCUCAGCUCCCAUCCCCCAGACACCGUGCACGGCACACAGCUGUCCCGUUCCCUUUCUUGCCUGCCUCUCCUACCACUAUGGCCAGACGGACCGCCCUGGCUGCCCGGAUGCCUUCUAGCCCUUUCUCUCUCCUCUUCUUUGCCCUGUCUGACAUGUCUCAGGACAGCACUGAUGAUGAGCUGGAGGAAGACGAGGAGGAGGAGGAUUUUUCUGGGGUUCAGUUUGGGUCAAGCCUGGGUGCGUCUGGUGGGGGAAUGGCCUGUGACUCAGGCAGUGACCGCUUCACCAUUGAGGCGUGUAAAGAGACAGAGAUGCUGAACUACCUCAUCGAGCGCUUCGACAGCGUGGGCAUGGAGGAGAGAAAGGCUCCCAAGAUGUGCAGCCAGCCAGUGGUCAGUCAGCUGCUCAGCAACAUACGCUCCCAGUGUAUUUCCCAUGCUGCUCUUGUGCUUCAGGGUGCCCUCACUCAGCCCAGGGCUCCACUGCAGCCCUCCCUACUAGUCCCCUACAUGCUGUGCCGGAACCUUCCAUACGGCUUUAUCCAGGAGCUGGUGCGCAUGACUCACCAGGAGGAGGAGGUGUUUAAACAGAUUUUCGUCCCCAUUCUCCAAGGGCUCGGUUUAGCUGUGAAAGAAUGUUCCUUUGACAGUGACAACUUUAAGUACCCCCUGAUGGCUUUAGCCGAACUUUGUGAAAUCAAGUUUGGAAAGACACAUCCUAUGUGCAAUUUGAUCACGUCUCUGCCACUGUGGUGUCCUGAUCCUUUGAGUCCUGGAGCGGGCAGAGAGAUUCAGAGACUCUCUUUCCUUGGAGCCUUCUUCAGUCUUUCUGUCUUUGCGGAGGAUGAUACUAAGGUGGGAGACAAGUACUUCUCAGGCCCUGCCAUUACCAUGGAGAAUACGCGUGUGGUCAGUCAGUCCCUGCAGCACUAUCUGGAGUCUGCCAGGGGUGACCUGUUUAAAAUCCUCCACAACAUCUUACUGAAUGGAGAAACGAGGGAGGCUGCGCUAAGCUACAUGGCAGCUCUGGUGAAUCGUAAUGUGAAGAAGGCCCAGAUGCAGACGGAUGAUAAGCUAGUGUCCACAGAUGGCUUCAUGAUGAACUUCCUGUGGGUGCUGCAGCAGCUAAGUAUGAAGAUUAAACUUGAGACAGUGGACCCCCUCUACAUUUUCCAUCCCAAGUGUCGGUUGAAUGUGAGCCUUGAGGAGACCCGGCUCAAAGCCACCAUGGAGGAGCUGAAGAGCUGGCUAGCAGACCUGCAUGAAGACCCGACCAAGUUUUCUGAGCCCAAGUUCCCUACAGAAUGUUUCUUUCUAACGCUACACACACAUCACCUGUCCAUCUUGCCUGGGUGCCGGCGUUACAUCCGCAGACUAAGAGCCAUCAGAGAUCUAAACAGGACUGUGGAGGAGCUGAAAAACAGUGAGAGCCAGUGGAAAGACUCACCCUUGGCUAGUCGUCACAGGGAGAUGCUGAAGAGAUGCAAAACCCAGCUUAAGAAACUGGUGCGCUCUAAGGCUUGCGCUGACGCUGGCCUGCUGGAUGAGAACCUGCUGCGCAGAUGUCUCCAGUUCUAUAGUAUGGUCAUUCAGCUCAUCCUGCGCACGGUGGACCCUAUCUACCCAAAUGUCAGCCUCCCCCUGAGUCCUGAGGUUCCCAAGAGCUUCGCCGCACUGCCCGAGUUUUACAUUGAGGAUGUUGCAGAGUUCCUGCUUUUCAUUGUGCAGUAUUCUCCUCAGGUUCUGUAUGAGCCCUGCACUCAGGACAUUGUGACCUUCCUGGUCGUGUUCAUCUGCAGUCAGAACUACAUCAGGAAUCCCUACCUGAUUGCUAAGCUGGUGGAAGUGUUGUUUGUUACUAACCCAGCAGUUCAGCCCCGCACCCAACGCUUCUUUGAGAUGAUUGAGAACCACCCUCUGUCUGUCAACCAGCUGGUCCCUGCUCUCAUGAAGUUCUACACAGAUGUGGAGCACACUGGAGCCACUAGUGAGUUUUAUGACAAGUUCACCAUCCGCUACCACAUCAGCACCAUCUUUAAGAGCCUUUGGCAAAAUAUUGGCCAUCAUGGCACCUUCCUUGAAGAGUUCAACUCUGGGAAGCAGUUUGUUCGCUACAUAAACAUGUUGAUCAAUGACACGACAUUCCUGCUGGAUGAGAGCUUGGAGUCACUGAAGCGCAUUCAUGAGAUCCAGGAGGAGAUGAAGAACAAAGAGCAGUGGGACCAGCUGCCCAGGGAACAGCAGCAGAGCCGCCAAUCCCAGCUGACUCAGGACGAGAGGGUAUCACGCUCCUACCUGGCCUUAGCCACAGAGACUGUAGACAUGUUCCAUAUUCUCACCAAGCAAGUUCAGAAGCCUUUCCUCCGGCCUGAGCUUGGCCCGCGUCUGGCUGCUAUGCUGAACUACAACCUUCAGCAGCUGUGUGGGCCUAAGUGUCGGGACUUGAAGGUGGAGAACCCAGAGAAAUACGGUUUUGAGCCCAAGAAGCUGUUGGACCAGCUCACUGAUAUCUACCUUCAGCUGGAUUGUGCUCGCUUUGCUAAAGCCAUUGCAGAUGAUCAGAGAUCAUAUAGUAGAGAACUCUUUGAAGAAGUCAUCUCCAAAAUGAGAAAGGCAGGCAUCAAGUCUACAAUUGCAAUUGAGAAGUUCAAGCUGCUGUUAGAAAAGGUGGAGGAGAUUGUGGCUCGCAACUCUCAGUCUGAGAUGGACUACAGUGAUGCUCCGGAUGAGUUUAAAGACCCUCUGAUGGACACUCUCAUGACUGACCCUGUGCAGUUGCCUUCUGGAAACAUAAUGGACCGAGCUAUCAUCCUACGCCACCUCCUCAACUCGCCCACCGACCCCUUCAACAGACAGCCUCUCACUGAAAGCAUGCUGGAGUCAGUUCCAGAACUGAAGGAGCGUAUCCAUGCUUGGAUGAGGGAGAAACAAGGAGGACGCUUUUGUCAGUGAGCCACGCUUGCCGCCAGUUUAGGGAUGGUUCCACUGCUCCACAGUUCAACAUGGAGCAGACUGAAGGGAAUAAAGCAAAGAAGAAAAAAAACUGUCAUGAAACCUAAUUUGAUUUUUCUCCCUUAUCCUUUUUUUUUUCUCGGGCCGUCAACUUAAAGGCUCUUGGUUCUAAAUUGAAGCAUAAUAAUAAAGUUUAGACUUUUAAAAGGUUUUGCUUAUGACUUUGUAUAUAUGACAGAUAUUUAAUUGAGUGAUUGAAUAGCAAUGUGUAGAGAGACUAGGUUUCACAGCCUAGAACUAUCAGCAGAGAAAAUUGGAUAUAUUCAAAUAUUACUACAAAAAUCAAAUUGGUCCACAUUCUUUCUUUUUUUUAAGGUGUUGCAUUUGACUUUGAGGAUUAAUUUUGAUGGUUUUGUGUUAAAGGAGAAUGUUAAGGACGGAGGACAGGAAACCAUGUCAUGCUCUUCUGAAUUACAUUGUUAAUCUGCAACCUUAGAAUUUGAGUGCUUGGGCUAAAACACAUCACUAAUUAUUGGUCACAGACUUUGUUUACAAGCCCUGGUCUCAAAUGUGCCCUCUACCAAUAAAAAUGGGUUAAGAAUUGAGGGGAUACUUGCUUGAAAUUAACACACUAGAUUGUCUAGUAAAAAAUACAAAUGUAGGUGUUUAUUGGAUGGAAAAAAGGCAGUGAAGUUGAUGAUGCAAUCUGUAUUGAAAAUAUCCUUUUCCUUGCUGUUCACUUUGAAUGGUCUUGUAUGUAUGGCCAUCAGCAUAAGGCCACCCAAGCACCUCAUUUAACAUUUCCAUAGUGUUAAAGCUAAAUCCUGAGCUCAGAAGAGAGUAUGUGAAUCAGUGCUCAUAGCAUGAUCGUCAUGAGGACAGUGCCACUGCACCAAAUGUAUUUUCUUUAAUACAUUCACGGUUUUAUACAUAGAAAAGGUUCAUCAAAUCCUGCUGUUCGUAUUAACCCUGGCUGUUGGACGUUCACCGUGAAUUAUGAAUGAGUCAUUUUCCUGUGACAGAGUUUUAACUUGACAGGAAUUUGCUUCCUUUGCUACAAACUUUUUUUGAACCGAGGACUUCAAACUGUAAUAAAUGGUAAUGCACACACACAAACAGCUGUUGUAAUUGCUUUUGUAUGCAACUAGUUUUAGUGGGCUUAUCAAGACUAGAUGAAUAAUGUACAGUCUGCUUCUUAUGACCAACAUUUUGGAAUAUAAUUAAAGGGGAAAUACACUAUU